GAUGGGCAAGCAUGUGUGCUCACACACAUUCUCUAAAAUUUAAGUUGGACUUUGGUGGCACUAGCUUUUAAUCCCAGCACUUGGGAGGCAGAGGCAAGACAUUGAGUUCCAGAUCAGCCUGGUCUACAUAGCAAAUUCUACAACAGUUUAGUCUAUACAGAAUCUGUCCCCCAAAAAGUUUUUUUUCUUUAAAGCCUGGGCAUGGUAACACAUAACUCUCAAUACCAGCAGUGCAAGUCGCUCUCUUUGAGAGGCUUAAUUCCAGCCUCUUCUACAGAGUGAGACCCUGUCUCAAGAAGGGCUCCGAGUUUGGUCCCAAUGUUUUGGCAGAAGACCGGACUUUAGUUCCCAACACCCUCACAGCCCGCUAAUUCUGGGCUCUACAGACACCAGGCACCCACUCCUCGGUGCUCAUAUAUACAAGCAGAAUACACAAGGCUCAAGGCGGGGGUGAAGAGGCUUAGGAAUCCAACCAAAGGGCCAGGCCGGAAGUCAGACUGAAUUCUGGUACAUCACCUCUGACCUCAUGCGGCUGUGGUUAAAGUUGCAGCAUAGUCACUGAGCAUGCUCGGUGUUCCGGUCACGUGGCCUGUCAUGGCCGCCUCCAUGGCCCGCGGCGUGAGUGCCCGGGUCUUGUUGCGGGCUGCCGGGGGAUCUUGGGGUAACUGGACUGGGCACGGGGCAGUGACAUCCAGGACUCUCCGGAGUACAGGAGAGCGGCGCGCAGGCGAGGACGAGGCGGACGGCCCGGAGCUGCCCCGGGACGCGGUCAACGUGGUCUUCGUGGACCGCUCUGGUCGGCGGAUCCCCGUGAGGGGCAGAGUUGGGGACAAUGUUCUUCACCUGGCCCAGCGCCACGGGGUGGACCUGGAAGGGGCCUGCGAAGCCUCCCUGGCAUGUUCCACCUGCCAUGUGUAUGUGAGUGAGACCCACCUGGAUCUCCUGCCUCCUCCUGAGGAGAGGGAGGACGAUAUGUUGGACAUGGCCCCACUGCUCCAGGAGAACUCAAGACUGGGCUGCCAGAUUGUGCUGACCCCUGAGCUGGAAGGAGCCGAGUUUGCUCUUCCCAAGGUCACCAGGAACUUCUAUGUGGAUGGCCACAUCCCCAAGCCCCAUUGAGAGGAGGUCACUGGACCAACCAGGGCCACUGAACUGAAAAGAAAAGACAUGCUUCUGGCCCCAGUGCACGGACUGGCCGGGAAAGAGAAGCUGAAAGCACAGUGUGAGACCAGAGCCGCUGCUGGGUACAGCCCGUGUCUGGGCACUGAGGGGGAUGGGUCUCUAUCUUGGGUGUGUCAGUCCACCAGGGAGAAUCGAAUUAUAAAUUAGGGAUGGACUCAAACCAGAGCUGCAAUAAAAAGUAAUACAUA